AUGACCGAAGUGUUGGGUAUCCUCACUGGGUACUCCUUCCUGAGAAAACAGAAUGAAGGUCAAGAUCAGUCCAAGGAAGUCCUGUACCAGAUGCAUAGUUUGGUGCGUCUUGCCACUCGAAAUUGGUUGAGGGGACAGGAAACGCUCUUGCGUUGGACCCAAGCGGCCGUGAGUGUUUUAGCGGCGCGGUUCCCCGUGCGAACGCAUGAAAACAGGGACCAAUGUGCUCUCUACAUGCCCCAUGCGCAGAUCCUAUGCACCUCUGAUGGAAUCGAAGACUUCGAGGAGCGUUACAUAUUAUUCGAAAAAAUGGGCUACAACUUCGUGCAUGACGGGGAGUACUCCGAAGCUGUGCCGCUACUUGCUUCCGUUGUCAGCUGGCGCGAGACGAAGUUGGGACACUCGCACAUAAGUACUUCGAGAGCUUAUCACCAUUUUGGAGACGCAUUGAGAAUGCAGGGAAGUUGGAGUGAGGCCAAGAUAUAUUUUGAGAAAGCGCUUACGGGGGCUAAGGAGAUCCUAGGUGCUGAUCAUGACGAUACGCUGACGUGCAUGCAUCUUCUGGCUGCAACAUACAGAGAGCUGGGGGACUGGAACAAGGCCGAAGAGCUUGGAGAAGAAGUGAGAAAGAUAUGGGAAGAGACCCUCGGUGGUGAGCACCCAGUCACACUGACCGGUAUGGCUGAUUUGGUGUGGAGCUUUUACGACCAAAAGGAUUUCCAAAGGGCUGAAGAGUUAGGCCUAUGGGUGAUGGAAAAAAGGCUCAAGGUGCUUAAAGAAGAGCAUCCAGAUACGCUCAACAGCAUGGCCACCCUUGCUGCCAUCUAUGCGCAAGUGGGUCGGUUGAAAGAGGCGGAACAGCUGAAGACAAAGAACUUGCAGACCAGAAUACGGAUCCAGGGCAGAGAGCAUCCCGGCACGCUCGCGGGUAUGAUCAAUCUGGGUGGCAUAUACCAUUUUCAAGGCAGGCUGGAAGAAGCAGAGCGCCUAGAGGUCGAGGCGUUGGAGAUACAAGAGAAGACAAUGGGUUCGGAGCACCCUCAAACGCUGAUUGCCAUGAACAACCUUGCCUGUACAUGGCGAGAUCAAGGCCGGCAAAAGGAAGCGUAUGGCCUGAUGGAAAAGUGCAUUGCGUUGUCCAUCAAAAAGUUGGGUUAUGAUCACCCAAGCACACAACAGCGUCUGCUCUAUUGGCCAUGGGUCGAAGUGCAAGCACAAGGGCAAGCAGAAAGAGAAGAAGAAGUGCAAGGAGAAGAAGAAGUAGAAGCAGAAGUAGAAGGAGAAGAAGAAGGAGAAGCCGAUUGCUCAGUUACUGUCAUGCCCUCGACUCCACUCUUGCUAAGAAGUCGAGCACGCGACAGCCUGCGCCGCCUAUUGCCUUUGCACCUGCGCGGUCGCAACGCUUCUACAUAG